CUGGCACUAUUUGAAAUAGUUGAUGAAGGAAACGGAGGGACAAGGACUAGUUUUUGCGGCACUACUGGAACCUUAAGAGGAACAGAUUAUGUAGAAGUUUUUAUUGCAGACCAUACGUCGCAUGCACCCGUCGAACGCUUCGGCAGCGGCCUGAUCGCAGGUCUUUGUGCUUGUGCUAUUACGCAGCCGUUCGAUAUGAUAAAAACCCACGUGCAGCUUUUUUCUCAACAUUCGUUAUACGAAUUCAUCUCACUUCUGUACCAGCAGGGAGGUGUGCUUGCUUUUUUCCGUGGUUUCUGGUUGCGUGCCACACGCCGGGCGCUAAUGGCGGCGCUCAGCUGGACAUUCUUCGAUGAGGUUUGUUCCUACUGUAAAUACCAAGUUUUUGUUGUCUGAGA